AGCAGCUUCUUCUCAGGUUGACUCUUAUCUCCACUUCUCUCUCUCUACUUCAUAUUUCUACUGACCGACAAACAUGAAGGUUCUGCUGUUUACUGCCCUGCUGGGAUUGUCCAUCGCAGACAAGCGACCUUCAAAUAGUUACGGAGCCCCAAAUGGAGGUUUUGGUAACGGAUUUGGCGCUUCUAAUGGAGCUCCAAGCAAUGGUUACACAGCUCCAGGAACCAAUGGCUUCGGAACACCUGCAAGUAAUGGAAACGGUGCAGCCUCAGGUAAUGGGUUUGGACAAACUUCAAGCAACGGGUUCGGAGCUGCCCCAAGCAAUGGAUACUCAGCUCCCCCAAGUAAUAGGUACGGUCCCCCGACAGGUUCCUAUGGACUAGAUGCCGAGCUGGUUGCUCUGCAGGAGAACAUCCCCGGUGGUGGCGUCCCCGGGGAAGAUUACCCUGUCUUGGCUUCUCCACCAGACACUGACUUCUCCUGUGACGCCCAGGCAGUGGCUGGCUAUUACGCCGAUACCGACCCUGAGGCCCGUUGCCAGGUGUUCCACAUUUGCCAGGACCGCGCCGUCAGACGCCAGAAGGACUCCUUCCUGUGCCCCAACGGUACCAUCUUCAACCAGCAGUACCUGGUGUGCGACUGGUGGUUCAACGUUGACUGUUCCCAGGCUGAGAACUUCUACUCCGUAAACGAACUCAUCGGCGUCGUCCCCGACGUUGGCUAUGGUUAUGGUCCCGCCACCAACGGCAUUAGCAACGGUAAUGGUAACGGUGGCAGUUAUGGAAAUGGCAAUGGAGCCAACGGAAACGGAAGGAACGGAAAUGGCGUAAAUGGAAAGAACGGUAACAAUGGUUAUGGAUCCAACGGCAAUGGAAGGAAUGGAAAUGGUGCCGGUAACGGCAAUGGCAACGGUGUAAAUGGAAAUGGUGCCAGCAACGGAUAUGCUAAUGGAGCCAACGGUAACGGAAGAAACGGAAAUGGAAGCAACGGUAACAAUGGCUACGGAUUGAACGGCAAUGGAAAUGGUGCCGGUAACGGCAACGGGGCCAAUGGCAACAGCGUGAAUGGGAAUGGUGCCAGAAACGGAUAUGCUAAUGGAGCCAACGGUAACGGAAGAAACGGAAAUGGAAGCAACGGUAACAAUGGUUACGGAUUGAACGGCAAUGGAAAUGGUGCCAGUAACGGCAAUGGUGCCAAUGGCAACGGUGUCAAUGGAAAUGGUGCCAGCAACGGAUAUGUUGCUCCAUCUGCUCCCUCCGCUGCCUAUGGAACUCCAUUUUAAAAUGUCCUUCUUUGUCUCAUGUCUUCUGUCACUUGACUGUCUCUCUGCUACAAUGAUUCGAGUCAGGAAAGAAUUACACGUUGACUUUGCACUUUUGUAAAUAUUUAUACGAAUGACAAUUGUGUCUCAUUUCUCGAUGAUUGUCUUUAAUAAUAUAUAAUAAAAGUUUUGAAUGAUGAA